AAGCGACCGAAUAGCUAGGAUUUGGUGCUCGUAUUUCAUAUCAAGUUAGUUGAAGCCUAGGACUGCGGCUGGACUGGUUGACGUAUUUUCAGGCGGCACGAUCUUGUACUAUUUAUAUCUAUAUGGACCAUGUCUUCGUCUAGAUUAAAAUUUUUCAUCAAGAGAUGUCGUUUGAAACAACCUAUUGUUCGAUGAAAGAAAUAUCGCUUUUAUGAUAAAAGAAUCCCACCACAUAUAUUUGAUGUUUAAACUGUGUGCAGAUUACGGUGCUGUUUAUGCAGUUAGGCCGUGGAGACGACCGUGCCGUGUACAGACCGUCAAUUUGUCCCUUGCGUCGGGGUCUGACAUGAAACGCUUUCCCCCAAGGUGUACCUUGCUUGACUAUGGUUAGAGGUGGGUCAGCGGUGUACAUCCACAAGCUGCAGGAAUCCACUUCUACUGCUGAAUUUCGGCUGAUAGUUUUUACUUGACGGUGCAGGGUUGUGAUAUGCAGCUAGAUACAAUGGGAGUGAAGCGAAAGUUUGAUGACCUUGAAGCCUCUGUGGAUCUUCAAUGUUAUGGCAAGCAACGUCAGUCUAUAUUAAAUAUCACAAUGCAGAAGUUAUGCACAAUACCAGAACGGCGCGUUGAGCCACCACUUUAUCGGAAUGUCCUCAUUCGAAAUACCUUAAAGCAUAUAGAACAGGAGUUGCAUGAUGAAGGCAUCACUAUACCAAUGAUGCCCUCGAUGGAUUCGAAUUUCUCUUAUACCAAUAUGGAUUCUUCUGACUGUUUUCUCGAUCAUCUACCUACUGACUCUUCUGAUAGUCAGGACAAAGGAAAUCAUGAUAUUGUGAAUAGUAUUACUGGCCUUCGCCCUUUAGACUAUACAACAUCUGAACAUAUGGACAUGACAGAGACUGGAGAGACUAACAUUGCUGUAUCGCCAACUGUUCGGUCAGUCAAUGGGGACAGUUCCUCCAGUUCUGUUGUCCCCCUUAUGACUUCACUAGAUAGGCUAUCGACUUUUGAAGGCAGUGUUAGCAUUGCCCAGAUCCCAAGUCCUUCUAGUCCACUUCAAAAAGCUGAUGACAUUUUUGGGGAUAUUGAUUUAUCGCCCUUUGAUGUAGAUUUUGUGGCACUGGCCAAUUCGAGCAGUAAGCUCACACCACUUAGUGCCGAGGAAGUUUUGCAUACAUUUCCAGGUGUGACCACCACAAACCUGUCCUCUCCAACAUCACCAUCCUCAGCAACAGCUGAGACACCUACCUAUACAUCACUAAUAAACACUCAGUGCAGUUCAUAUUGUAGAACAGAUGUUCUAGAAGACUUAGACAAUAUAAUGCAGAUACUUAUAGAAAUUUAGCACCAGACCUGAUGGUGUUAUAACUUAUCAGUUCUUUUUUUCUUUUUCAUUAUAUUUUCAUUAUUAUUGUAGCUAUUUUAAAUUAAUCAAAAUUGAGUUUCAGUAAUUAUUUGCUAUUACACUAGGAAAUCUUUCUUCGAAAUUAAGUGUAUAAUUUUCCCUAAGUUAUUUAUAUUUUAAAAUAAUCUCUACUGAGAUUAACCCCUCCCCACCUUUUUUUUUUUAUUUACCAAAAUCUAAUAUUUAAUUUAAUUCAAAAUAAUUAGUAGAGUCCCUGUAAUAUCUUCUAUCAGCAAAAGUAUGUUACUGACCAAUUUCUUUUAGGUUGAGGGAUCACUUUUCAAAUUCCCCUGAAUCUAAACCAAAGGUUAUUAAGGAAGGAUCAAGUUUCUUCCAUUUAAAUAUGUGUAUAUAUAAAUAUAUAUACACACAUACACACAGACAAUAUGCAUGUUUGUAUGUGUGUAUAUAUUUAUAUGUAUGCAUGUGUGUAUGUAUACAUGCUCACACAAGACAUGUACAUACACUUUUCUAAAAAUGUAAAUUAUAAGCCAAUGCCAUUCCAGUUAGUUAAAAAAAAUAUAUUACCAUUAUUGUAUCCCCAUUACCACUUAACCAAGCCAAGAAAGUUUGAGCUGUUAUGACCGCGGGCCUACAUUUUUGCAUGUAUGAUGGUGUGCGUGUGUAUGGCUGAGAGAUAGCGAGAGAAAAAGAAAAAAAAAGGGACGAAUGAGCAAGGGAGAUAACUCUAGCACUAAGGUGGUUUGAGGGUAUGUUGAAUAUUUGUUUUAAAAAAAUUUAAAAUAAUUAUAAAAAAAUCCUUUUCAAAAUGUUGCCAUUAUUGGCCGUAAUGUUUAUUUAUUAAAACUUAGAGAAUAAAAAUUGUCAUAUAACAAUAACAAACCUAAACUCCCCCUAAAACCUAGUUUAUAUAUAUCUGACAGAAAAAAAAAAUGUAAUCAAAAACAUCAACAGAGCCACAAAACUAUUUUCUAUAUAUGUACUUGAUGGCAGCAGAUUGUUAAUGUGUGAUCCACUAUGAUGAUUUGAACACCAUCUACAUUCACUUGUAUUAUCAGAGCCACUGAAUAUGGUUUUCAUGUAUGUUUGGUUGAAUGUGUAUCCGAGUGUGUAUAAGUGCACGUUUUCACAUGCAAGUGCAUAUAUGUACAUAUGUAUAUAGAAUAUUUGUGUGUUUGCGUGUGUGCAUGGAGAUGAAUAGGCUGAGCCUAAUAUUGAACAGUGUCCAGUGUGGAUAUUGCUGUGAUAUACAAGGUCAAAUUGUUUUAAAAUUCAGAAUUUUAUUUCUUUUUAUGCUUGUAAUGGCAUAAUUUGGAGGAGGACAGAGGCAAAAUAAUUGGGAAAAAAAAUGUGUGUGUGUGUGAAUAUAUAUAUGUAUAUGUAUGUACAUAUAUAUAUAUAUAUAUGUGUGUGUGUGUGUGUGUAAUUACAUGGAUGGAGAAAUCCAAAUAAAACUAAACAGGAUCUGAUGCUAUUUCUGUCACCAUCUCAUGAAAUAAACAGAGGUAAGAAUUAGAGAGCUUGAAUCCAACCAACCAACCAAAGCAGAAAAUUCAAAUUUCCAGCUUGGGAAAUACACAAGAAGAAAAAAAAAAAAAAGACAGUAAAAGAAAAAUAAAAAAAGACUAAAAAGGGUCCUUUUUCUAUGCAGUUAGUGCCUUGGAUGGAGUUAUUAAAUGUAACUUCUACUGGAAGAACUAUUUACAGCUACCAAUGUAAUUAUUGAUAAUACUACUGCUCUGUUUUCUCUUUAGCAUCCUUUGCCUCCACUCCAGCAACUGAAUAUCUUUGGUAUGAAAAACAAAGAAGCUCGUCUUACAUACAACCCACCCUAAUAAUGAUUAUAAAAUAUAAAAAACUUUAAAAAAAAGAAAAAUGAACAACAAACAAUGCCACAUCGAUAUAUAUGUGUAUAUAUAUAUGUGUGUAUAUAUAUGUGUAUAUAUAUAUAUAUAUAUAUUAAAAUUAUUUUCUCUUCCUGUUUUGUGAUAACUGACUGCCAAAGAGCUCCUCUUAUAUCAUGGAAAUAUUAAAAAAAAAAUUUUUUUUAAUUAAAAGAAAAAAAAACAAAAAAUACAGUUUAAUCUAACAAAAAUUAAAUUUGAUAUGGACUCUGAUUUUGUCGACCACAGCGACACAGACUCCCCAUUCCCCUUCUCUUUAAGGAUUACAAAAAUAAAUGUAGCACUUUUUUUUUCUUUCUCCCUUUGUCUCUCUAGAUUUGCUUUUCAUUAGAAAGAUAUCUCAAGAUUUUAACUUCGUUAUUAUCAUUAUUAUUAUAACAAUUGUUAAAUUUUUCUAUUGCUUGCUGUCUAGUUUAAUAUUUUAUUUUAUUUCAAAUGGUUUUUAAUGGCAAGGACAUAUAAUAAAAAUAUGAAGAGCAUAGUUAUUUAAAAACAAAAAAAAUUCCAUAAAUUACUGUUAAUUACUAAUUAUGGUUCGAAUCUUUAUACAGUUACAAAUAAAAUCAAAAUUAUAUUUAAAAAAAAAGUAAAUAAAUAAAACCUUGUAUCAAAGCUCUGAUGGCAAUUUUAAUCUGGGAAGGAAAAAAAAUUGUCAAAUUUUAUAAAAUUUGUUGAAUUUUGUUUGUUUUUUAUUCUUAAAUACAAAAUUACGUAAUAAAAAGUUCUUAUAAAUAUGAAACAAAUUCCACAGGCAUAUUCUUUUUCAUUUUUGUAUUAACUUAUUCACAAACAUAUGCAGACACACAUGCACAUAUCUACAUAUAGCUAGAUUCAUAAACACACACACACACACACACACACACACACACAUAUAUAAAUAAAUAUAUAUAUAUACAUACAUAUUGAUAUGUGUAUAUAAAUACACACAUAUGCAUUCGUUAGACACGUGCAUAUACACAAAUUUUCCUGUUAUUUGGUAAAAAAUCAAAGCAAGACAAAAAAUUAUUUUAUUCCAUCCCAUCAACACUUUUUGCUUCUAAUUUGAAUUUUUAAUUACAACAGUUGUCUGAAAAACUGUGGUUUGUGUGUAUAAAAGUUAAAAAAAAAAAAUUUUUUUUUUGUUUUGGUUAAAUUGUUCCAAGUGUUGCUAAUGGCUGUCAUCUCAUCCAAGAUCAGUCUUUUGAUUCCCGUUUUCACACAUACACAUACACACAUACAUCUAUGCACACUGAUGAAGGAUCUUAACAAAGGAGAGAUACUAUUUACUAAAAUUGCCUCAAUCCAGUUUCAUUGUAUGGGCCCCUGAAAACUUUUUUUUUUUUU